UGUACUAACGCCGCUUGCUGCCCAGGUUCCGUGUCGGCUGGCCUCUACGGAAGCAUCGCUUCUCACCACUACCCCCUAAUCUUUCGCAAGCACAGCGUCCACAGCCUUCACAAUGGGCUGCGGAAUGAGCACAGAGGAGAAGGAGGGGAAGCAGAGAAAUGAGGAGAUUGAGAACCAGCUUAAGCGCGACAAAAUGCUGCAGCGCAAUGAGAUUAAAAUGCUUCUUCUCGGUGCCGGUGAAUCUGGCAAAUCGACCAUUCUCAAGCAGAUGAAGCUGAUCCAUGAGGGCGGCUAUUCGCGCGAUGAGCGGGAAUCGUUCAAGGAGAUCAUCUUCAGCAACACGGUGCAGUCGAUGCGCGUCAUUCUCGAGGCAAUGGAGUCGCUCGAGCUACCCCUCGACGACCAACGUGCCGAAUACCACGUCCAGACCAUCUUCAUGCAGCCCGCACAGAUCGAAGGCGAUAGCCUCCCACCAGAAGUUGGCAACGCCAUCUCCGUGCUAUGGAAGGACGCUGGUGUUCAACAAUGUUUCCAGAGAUCGCGAGAAUAUCAACUGAACGAUUCUGCAAAAUACUAUUUCGACUCAAUUGAUCGUAUCGCCGCACCCGACUACAUCCCCAAUGACCAAGACGUGCUUAGAUCGCGUGUCAAGACUACCGGCAUUACAGAGACAACUUUCAUCAUCGGCGACUUGACAUAUCGUAUGUUCGAUGUCGGAGGCCAAAGGUCGGAGCGAAAGAAGUGGAUACAUUGCUUCGAAAACGUCACUACCAUCCUCUUCCUUGUCGCCAUCUCAGAAUACGACCAGUUGCUGUUUGAGGACGAGACGGUAAACCGUAUGCAGGAGGCGCUUACCCUCUUCGAUUCUAUCUGCAACUCGCGGUGGUUCGUCAAGACAUCGAUCAUUCUCUUCUUGAACAAGAUCGACAGGUUCAAGGAGAAACUUCCCGUUAGCCCAAUGAAGAACUACUUCCCCGACUACGAAGGUGGUCCCGACUAUGCUGCGGCUUGCGACUACAUCCUGAACCGGUUCGUCUCGCUGAACCAGCAUGAGACGAAACAAAUCUACACACAUUUCACUUGCGCAACAGACACAAUGCAGAUUCGGUUCGUCAUGGCCGCAGUUAAUGAUAUUAUCAUCCAAGAGAACCUUCGGUUGUGUGGUCUGAUAUAAACCAUUCGGUAUCCCAAGCUUAGAGAAGUGAGGGAGCCUUAACUAGGAAUGGGAUCACGGGUUGCAUGUCUUUGACGUCGGCACUAUCGCCAUGUCAUUCACGGCGUUGUGAAAAUGUU